UUGGGUAAUUGUAAAUAGAGUUCGCCCACCUCUCACCAAAUCAAAUAACAAAUUAAUGUGUACAAAACAACACUGCAACAAGUUAGUUUUGUACAUAAAAUGGUGAAUUCUACUACAAUGCAGCGUCAUAUUGAGCUACGGAAGUUACCCGCUGCUUCCUUGUGUAACCUGGCCAACAUAUUGGAGAUAAACAACGACUGGCAAAAAGUUGUGCCCCUCAUACCAAAAGAUUUACAAAGUGAACAGUUUGAACGGAAAUAUAAUUAUGAGCAUAUGAGAUUAAUAGAAGACCAUGCUAAAAACACAAAUAGGACUUGUGCCGAAGUGCUGUUUGACGAAUGGGGUACCUCAGGCCGCGUUAGGCCGACUUUAGGCACACUCAUGAACAUUUUAUACCAAGCCCAAAUAUUCAGAGCUGUUGACGAGGUUGCUCGAAUGCUAGGAGAGCCACCACCACCCAGGCCCAGUGAUGGCCCAGCAGCUCCCAUUCCAACUAACCUAACAGACCUCCUUAAUGAAAGUGUUGAACAGAGACUGAAUUCAAUGGCCUCCAUAGAAAGUGAUAAUCUGCAUAACUCCAGCCAUGAUCAAGCUAUUUGUAACCGCACAACAAGACAACUAAAGGAACCAAGUGACUUAAUAAAAUUCUCAGAAACUAUACAAACAAAGGACAUACCUAACUUGAGUGUCCUUCAAACUUUUGGCAAUAGAAGCACUGCUUUGAUGAAACAAUCCAAUCUUAUUAACUUUUCUAGUUCAACAGUAAUGACUACUGGGGAGUUUCCUGACUUCAGUGCUUUGAUACCAAAAGGCAAUGGCAUGGAUGCUAAAAUAACCAACACUGCAACUGGCACAACUUUAACAGAGUCAGAAUCCUCCCAGGUUGAUAUGACUCCACAGAGUGAAUUCUCCUACAAUGGUGCUGGUGGAAACCUUAGCUCUGUGCCAAAUAUAUUCAGCAUAAUAGACAAUGCUAUAUUAGAAGACAAAAAGCUGGUCCACUUUGAUUAUAAGGAGUUGGAAGCCAUUACAAACAAGUUUUCUGAAAGUUUUGUUGAUAAACCAGUUGGACCUAUUGGCAAAAUAGGGAGUGGGGGUUUUGGAGAAGUGUAUGUUGGUACACAUUACAAGCAUGGUGCCCUAGCAAUCAAGAAAGUAAGAAUUCAUUUCCAGAUUAGCUGUGAAGUGGCAAUGAAAGUGUUUAACACUGAAGUGAAGUCUCUUUCUCAUCUGAGACAUGAAAACAUUGUCCCUAUAUUUGGGUAUUCAAUAGAUGGGCCAACGCCAUGUAUUGUGUGUGAAUACAUUGAUGGUGGCUCCUUGCAACAAAAAAUUGCUGCUAAAGUAUUGACAGAGAAACAAAGAAUGAACAUAAUGAAAGGGACUGCUGAAGGGCUGCAAUACAUACACCAUAGUGAAAGGCCUCCACAGUAUGAUGAAACUGGACCUCAGUCAGACUCAAUAUCUACAAGAAAAAGCUAUUAUCUCCAUGGAGAUGUCAAAAGUGCCAAUAUUUUGUUAACUAAAGAUUGUGUGCCAAAGUUAUGUGAUUUUGGCCUGGCCAAACAACUGGAGACAACAUUCAUCACUACCAAGUCCAUGAUGGGAACCUCAGCCUACAUGGCACCUGAAGGCUUCUCUGGUACAGUCACACAGAAAAAUGAUAUCUUUAGUUUUGGUAUUGUUUUACUUGAAUUACUAACUGGCCUGAAACCAAUUAUAAUAGCCAAUGGUGAGAAUAAUAACAUUAAAAAUUAUGUUGAAGAUAAUUGUGAAAAUGGAGAUAUCACAAAUCUUUUGGAUAGUGUUGUUGACCAUUGGACCAUAGCUCAAAAUGUGUUCACUCUUGCUCAAAAAUGUUUGCAGCAUCACAAAAAUGAUAGGCCUUCUAUUGAUGAAGUAUGUGAUAUUUUGAUAGAAAUUAAUCGUAAAUUGAAUUAAGUUUUAACUA